AUGGAUCGUGAUAGUGCCAAUGCUACUCGUUUGCGUGUUAAUCGUAUUGCUUUAAUUCAACAAAUUGAUGUUCAAGAAAUUUUACCAAAACUUAUUCGUGCUCGUAUUCUAUCUGUUAAUCAUGAUGUACAAUAUAUAAAUCAAGGUACAUCACGAAUUGAUCGUGCACGUCGUUUAAUUGAUUGUCUUUUAACACCAAUAUCAUUUGGAAAAGAAGCUGAACGUGGUGAACGUCCAGCCAAUUGGUUUUUAUUAUUUCGUAGUUUUCUAUUAGAAAAUCCAUCUGUUUAUGGUGAUCUUGUAACAGCACUUGAUAAUACAGUAAUACGUACACCAGCUUUUGCUCAACAUGCAUCCGAUGCAUUUGCUGAUAAAACAAAUGUACCACGUUCAAAUGAAUUUCGUAAUAAUGUUAAUAAAGAUUUACUUCGUACAUCACAACCAAAAUCAACUAAUGAACAACAAUUAAGUUCUCCUAUAAAAAAUAAUCAAGAACAAACAACAAAAAUUGAAUUUGAUAAAUAUGAAAUGAAUAAAAUUUUAAUUCAAGGAAGUUUUCAAAAAGUUAUUGACAAUCUUACUUAUCUAUCACAGAUUCCUGCACAUUUAUUUGAUCAAUUAUCUCAUUCAGAUCAAUCAUAUGAUCGUGAACAACUUAAAACUGAAUAUCAAGCAUUUGAUGAUAUGCGUCGUCUUGAAUUAAUAAAUAAUUUAAUGAAACAAGAAAAUUCACUUGCUAAUCAAUGUACAUUCGAUACAGAAGUAGUUAGUUCAAUUCUUUUAGAUUCUAAUCAUUAUCAUCAUUUUUAUAAAUAUUUUAUUGCAUUAUCAUCUAUUUAUGGUAUACAUUUUGAUCGACAAUUUUUUCAAUCAUUUGUUAUUUCACUUGAUAAACAAGAUGAUUUACUUAAAGUAAUUGAUAAAGGUUUUCAAUUAUAUAAUUUUUUAUAUGGUUAUGGACGAUAUGAAUUAUGUCGACAAAUUAUUGAACGUAUUGUACAAUCAUUAACAAAACAAGUUAAACAACAACAUCAACAACAACAACCAACUAUUUGGACAUAUUUAUUUCGUGCAUGUUGUGCACUUAUUCAAGUUCAUAAUCAAGGUAUAGAAAUAAAAGAAGCAUGGGCUAGAAUUGAAGCUGCAAAUGAAAUUGCCGAAAAUCUUAAAACAACUGGCAUGGAAAUCUCCAGUAAUGAUCAAGCUUGGUUAUGUUUUGCAGCAUCACAAACAGCAUAUGAAGAUGCUAAUUUCGAUGCUUCUAUUCAAUAUUGUUAUAAAGGUCUUAAAUCAGCUGAUAAAAAUAAUCAUUUAUUAAUUAUUGAUUUACUUUGUUCACUGACACAAGGAUUAACAUUGAAAUGGAUUAUGAAUAAAGCACAAGCAACAGCUGUUAUGGCUGUACAAUAUGCAGCAAAAUAUUGUGGUCGUAAUAGUCCAAAAUAUGUGUAUGCACUUCAACAACUAGUACAAUAUUCAAAUGAAUUUAUACAAGAUGCAAGUACUGUUGAAUUAGCACAGUAUACAUUUGAUCGAGCUCGAACUGUUUAUGGUUAUGAAUCAUUAGCAGUUGCUCAUUCUCAUCGAGGUUUAUCAAAAAGUUUAAUUACUCUUGCUUCAAUAACUUAUUCUCGUCGUCAUGUUGAAGAACAUUCAUCUGAUAAUAAAUAUAUUGAUUCACCACAAACAGCUUAUCUUCAUCAUGCUAAUGAAGCUCAUCGUAUUGCACAAGAUUGGUUUGGAGUUGAAGAUAGUGUUCGUUUAUUUCCAUUUAAAAUGAGUCUUGCUCAUGCAUUACAAGCACGAGCUUCAUCUGAUCAAACUGAAAAUAAAGAUAGUUAUUUUAAUGAUGCAAUGGAAUUACUUGAUGAUUGUCUUGCUAUGGCAAAAGAUAUAUUUGGAACAAUGAGUUUUAAAGUUGCACAAAUUCAUCGACUUCGAUCAGCAACAUAUCUUAGCAAAAAGAUGUAUAAUGAAGCUGAACAACAAUUAAAUAUAUGUUUACAAAUAUAUAAACUUUGUUUACCACCAAAUAGUUUUCAUUUUCUUGUAACAAAAGCAAGUUUAGGUUUAAUUUAUAAACAACAAGGAAAUUAUGCACAAGCUUUAACACUUUUUCAAAGUAUUUCAUCAUUAUUAGAUACAAAAUCUCAAUCAUUUCGUUGGAUAAAUAUGGUUCUUGAAAGUCUUGUCGAAUGUUAUGCUCAACUCGAAGCAAACAAAGAAGGUGAAGAACAUCGUAUGUCAUCUUCAGUAACAAACAGUGCAGCAGAUAAAGUUCGUGGAGAAUUACAUGAAUGGCGACGUACAAGUGUUAAGCCAACUGAUUUAAUGAGUUUAAUUCAUCAAGAAUCAACACGAACAUUACAUCAAUUUCUUCAUGAUUCAACAAAAUUUCAAGAAACAACCGAUCGUGUUCAUGCAUUAAUGCAUACACAAUUAAAAGCAAAAAAUCGAAUAUCAAUUCCAAUACCAACAACGAAUACUAAAACACAUCAAGAAUCUUGA